AUGGCUCCGGGGCCGGGGCCGGGGCCGGGGCCGGGGCUCGGUUCCCUCGCGCUGCGGCUGCUGCUGCCGCUCGCGUGCGGGCUGGGGCCGCUCGGCUGCUUCCGGCGGCACCGCGGGGGCACCGGCCCCCCGAGCCCGCUCCUGCCCCUCCUGAGCUGCUUCGCCGGGGGCGUGUUCCUGGGCACGGCGCUGCUGGAGCUGCUCCCCAGCGCCCUCUGCAGCCUCGGGGCCGCGCUGCAGGGGCUGAGCCUCAGCCCGCAGUUCCCGCUCCCCGCCUUCAUCCUCGCGCUCGGCUUCCUCCUCCCGCCGCUGCUGGAGCCAAUCGCGAUGGAGCCGCUGGCCCCGCCCCUUCCUUUCAUCCCGCCGCCGGCCCCGCCCCCUCCGUGCAGCCCCGCCCACUCCAUGGCGCUGCUCCUGGCGCUGGGGCUGCGCGAGGCGGAGGCGGGGCCAGGGCUGAGCCCGGCGCUGCUGCUGCACAGCGGGGCCCUAGGGGCGGGGCUCGCCCUGCGCAUGCUCAGCGCGGGGCUCCGCCCCCCGGCGGUGGCCGCCGCCCUGCUCGUGCUGGCGGGCGGGGCCGCGCUCGGGGCCGCGCCCGGGGCCGCGCUCGGGGGCGCGCGGGCGGGGCUGGCCCGGGCCGUGCUGCGCGGGCUCGCGGCCGGCGCCUUCCUCUACGUCACGGCGAGGGAGGCCCCGCCCCCGGAGCUGCGGGAGCCGCGGCUGCGCAUGCGCGGGGCGCUCCUGCUCCUGGCCGGCUUCGCGCUCGUCUGCGGCGCCCUCCUGGCCCGGGAGCGGGGCCCUCUGACCCCUGACCUCUGA